UGUGAGCACCGUGCCGUCGCCUCCCACAGCGCUUCAUCUGUAAAGUCACUGUAUCUCUCGUACACACACACACGCGCGCACACACACACACUCCUGUGCACAGUGUAGAGCGCGCGCGCGGCAGCAUGACCGGCGGUCCUAAAGACGGAGAAACCGAGGAAUACGUUCACUCACCAUUCAUCAGGAAACAGGGGAACAUAUACAAGCCAAACAACAAAGACAUGGACAGCGACAGCAUCCACGAGAAGACCUUGCAGGACGUGCACACCAAGGAGAUAGACCUGGUCAACCGGGACCCGAAGCAUUUAAACGAUCAUGUAGUUAAGGUGGACUUCGAGGAUGUGAUCGCUGAGCCUCCAGGCACCUACAGCUUUGAUGGUGUGUGGAAAGCCAGCUUCACCACGUUCACGGUCAGCAAGUAUUGGUUCUACCGGCUGCUGACGGCGCUGGUGGGCAUCCCCCUGGCGCUGAUCUGGGGCCUCUUCUUCGCCAUCCUGUCCUUCCUGCACAUCUGGGCCGUGGUGCCGUGCGUGAAGAGCUACCUGAUCGAGAUCCACUGUGUCAGCCAGGUCUACUCCAUCUGCGUGCACACCUUCUGCGACCCGCUGUUCGAAGCCAUGGGGAAAUGCUUCAGCAACGUCCGCGUCACCAGCACGAAGGUGGUGUAGGAGCAUACAAAGUGAAGGAAGAAUUCAGGCUGGGGAAGGGGGGGUGGGGGGAUGGGGGGUGUUCUUGUGGAGUGGGUGGAGUCUCAGAAGGAGGGGAAUAAAGAUUAAAAAAGGAGAGAGAGAGCAAGAAAAAAAAAGCCCUUCAUGUUGAAGAGGAUGACAUGAAAAGAAUAGAGAGGCUUUUGAGUCCCUCCAGUCUGGGCUUCUCUACGGAUUUAUGAAAUCUUAAUAGGGAUUUUAUUCUUUCGUAAUUUGUUAGUGUUUAUCACUAAACGAGCAGCAGAUCAGCCUUGCGUUUUAUUCCGCUUCCUGGGAUAAGGCUGUGAAUCUGUCCUUUUUGUUUUUGUCCCUCUUCAUUCAUGCUUGAAUCCACAUUCAUUUCAAUCGUUUUUUUUCCCCUUCUGUUUUUCAGUCUUAACAAAACUUUUAACAUCUUCCUCUAUUUUUUUUGUUCUUCAUUCCUCGUGGAAGUUCACUAAACUUUAGAAAGUUUUCUUUUUCCAUGUGCAGAGUCACUAAUAUGGAGCCAGGAAAAGAGUUAUUUAGUGAGACAUCCGAAAACACGUAACAUGACAAAGCGUAGCAUAGUUUAAGUUACCAACAACAAAAAAAACCCCCAAAAAACAACAAA